AUGAUCAAGGGAUUUUAUAGCGGUAGAUUUCUCCGCAUUUCGUCGCUACUAAUAAGUGCUAUUGUGAUUUACCGAAUCGUCAUCAAUUGUUUUUUCUUACCAGAUCCUGGUUCAAUAGAGUAUUAUUCCUACCUUACAUCUGCGGUUCCUGAUUUCAAAAACCUUGAUGGCAAAGAGAAAUGCCGAGCGUAUUUCAAAUAUCUUGAUAAAAUACUGCCACAGUGGAAAAUAGAAGAUCAUUAUGUCAUCAAUGACAACACAAGGAUGCUGAUGAAUGAUGAAGUUAGACAUUUGAGAACAUUUUACAAUUGUUAUUUAAAAGAUGUCUCCAAGGAUUGGGAAGAUGCAAAGUCAGAAAUACAGAACGGUGAACCGGUCAAAGGGGAGACUAAAGCGAUUUAUCUCUUGGAUAAUUUGUAUCAUUUGAAAAAUUUCGUACUAGGUGGUGGGAAGCUGUUGCUCGAUGAUGAUAUAACCUGUCCAAGUUUGCAUGGGAAGAUGUUCCCGUAUUUUUCAAAUAAGAUCCCGGUUUUCACCCGAUGGGACGGUCAAAAAUUCGGGGAGAUUCCUAAUUUCCGAUCAAUUUAUCCCACUAACAUUGACAAAACCGAUUUGGAUAACAUUGAUUAUGAUACAGUUUUCGAUUACUCUCCUGAGAUUACUCAACAUGAUUCUUGCUUGAUGAGCUAUUAUAAAAGAAAUUUGGAAGGUAAAGGAAUAGUUAUCACUACCAAUGGAGUAUAUGCGCAAAAAGCAAUCGCCCUCAUAAAAGUUUUAAGGACCCUUGGGAAUGAAUUGCCUAUUCAAAUCGUUCAUAGUGGAUUAACCAAAAAGAAGUACUCACAAUUAAUACAUGCAGCAAGAGACCCGAUAGAUAAAAUUAAUAUUCCUGACACUGCUUUUGAUUCAUUAAAUGGGGAACAGAAAAUUAAGGUUAAGAAUUUCCCCAAGCAAGAACUCUGGUUUGUAAAUAUCCAAGGAUGUUUCGCCCCAGAUAUUGAGCUCAAAGGGUAUGCAAUGAAGAUUUUUGCUUAUAUUUUCACUACCUUUGAGGAUGUGAUAUUGUUAGAUGCCGAUACCGUGCCAUUUGUGCCAAUGGAGCGGUUUUUCAAUAUGAAACAAUAUAAGGAAUCCCAGGCGUUGUUUUUCCAAGACAGAACGGAUCUUAAGUUCAACAAUCCUGAUGACAUUCAGUUUUUUAAGGAUUUAAUGCCAAAUGAGCUAGACCAAUCAUUGAUGGACCAUACCCCGGUCACAGAUCACACUUUGAAGAAUCGUUUCUUGAAUGAAAACUUUUAUUAUUUCAUGGAAGCUGGCCUUAUUGCCAUCAACAAAAAACGUCAUUAUGGCGGGGUGUUAAUGAGCUUGCAACUCACGUAUUGGAACAAAGCCAUUAAGGAAAUGCUAUGGGGUGACAAAGAACUUUAUUGGUUGGCACUUUCAAUAAUGGGGGAUGAGGAUUACCAAUUCAAUUCCCACGGAGCGGUAUCGGUUGGUGAAGUAUCGCAGCCACAACAACAUCUUUACCUGACCUCUGGCUCUGCUGAAGUUUGUUCAACCCAUCCUGGACAAAUUCUGGACAAUGAUGACCAUUCCUUACUCUGGAUCAACUCAGGGUUUGAGACCUGCAAAGAUGCGAGAAAUAUUGGCUGGGAUAGAAAGCAAACCAAGUAUAAAGACAUGAGUAGGUCGGAGCUUAGGAAAUACUAUAAGCUGCCAUUGAAAAUAAAAGCAGCACUAUUGCCUGCUAAAACUCUUGGGGAAUUUGCUAACGAUAAAGGGUAUCCCGAAAGAGGAUGGCUACAAACCCAUUUUUGUUAUGGCUAUUUGUGGUGUGCGUAUGAUAAGAUUAGUGCUUUUGAUGAGCCUAAAUUCCGGGGAAAGCUUAUUGAAUACAGUGAGGAAGAGGUUGGCUGGUUUGAUUUCCUAGGAGCAGUCUGGAUGUCUGAUAAAAACAUGUCAUAG